GUUGACAUCAUGGAAUGGCUAUGUCCCACAGAUUACAGUCAGCAGCAAAACGACUUUUUCGCGAACCGUUCAGGCGAUACCGGAGACUGGAUAUUUACAUCGUCUCAAUUCGCGGAAUGGGCACAAAAUUCUCCAAGCAUUUUGGUUUGUCCUGGUGAUCCUGGAGCGGGAAAGACAAUUAUGGCCGCGACAGUGAUCCGGCACUUGCUCGAGGAACACGAAGUUACCGCCAUCCCGACGAUUUAUGUGUACUUCAACUAUAAAAGUGAAGAUCAACAGGAUGUGAUGCACGUUUUAGGCGCUUUGGUUCGGCAGCUCGUGUACGCGAAAGGCGUAGUGCCAGAUACUCUUGCAAAGCUAUACAAUCAUUGUUCGAAGCGACAGACACGACCAACCCAACGGGAGAUUGAGAAUGAAUUGAUAUCCAUCAUCUCAAGCUUCAAGAAGGUGAAUGUUGUAAUUGACGCGCUGGACGAGUGUCACGAGCACAUCCGCAAAGACAUGAUUACCGCGAUCAAAAACAUCCACAAACCUACCAUCGCGCAUGUGCUCGUCACCUCGCGUCCCUUCCCACAUAUCCUGAACCAAUUUGAGGACUCGAUUCACCUCGAGAUUCGUGCUUCUGAUACCGACUUGAAUGCCUAUCUUCGAAUGCAAUUGUCGCAUGCCUCGAAGGCAGUGCAACGAAAGCUCGUCAACUCCAUUCUAGCUCAGAUCGAGACGCAAUGCGACCUGGACAUGAGCCUUUACAAUUAUGCGUACGAAAGUGCGAUGGAACGCAUCCUCGCGCAGACUCGCGAUACUCGAGUGCUUGCUUUGGAAGCACUCGCAUGGAUCACACACGCUCAGAGACCUUUGAUAUCUCUCGAGCUCGAACACGCGCUCGCGAUCGAGACUGACCUUGAUAUACAUGAGUUCGAUGAGCAAAACAUCGUGCCGCGCGAAGAGAUUAUCAGUUGCUGUGCAGGACUGAUCACGGAAGACUCAGAGUCUGGUACCAUUCGUCUGGUGCAUUAUACUACGCAAAAGUACCUGGAGCGUAAGCUGACCACAUUACCGGAUGCGCCUGCACCAAAUCCUGAAUACGCAAUCUCGAUCAAAUGUCUGCGGUAUCUGUCGUUCGAUGCACUGGUUAGUGGUCCAUGUGCUGAAACUGACGAAAUUGAUCAGAGGCUCGAGUGUCAUCCCUUCUUACACUAUGCUGCAAGCUACUGGGCCGUUCACAUUCGUUGUUCUGAAGACCAUGACCACACCCUGGAAGACGAUCAUCGCAUGACUGAGAUUGCAGUGUUGUUCCUGAAUCGCCCAGAACUCGUCGAAAGCGCGGUGCAGGCCGAGUUGUGGCGCAGACCAUGGUCAAAGAAAGGCUAUCAGGGAACGUGCGUACCUCAACUUCUGGCAGAGUCUGGCGUAUUGAGACUCUUCCGCUCUCUCAUAGCAAGAGGACUCGAUAUGGACUCCCGCGACGAGUGCGGUCAGACACCGCUAACUCGAGCCGUAGAGAACGGCCAUGCCCAACUUGUUGAAAUGCUUCUUGCCAAGGAGGCCGACGUGAAUACUCGCAAUCACAUCGGUGAGACGCCAUUAUUGCUAGCCAUUCGACUUGGCCAUACUAAGGUCGCCGAGCUCUUGCUUGCGAGGGACGAUAUCGACGUCAAUUGUGUUGGACGGGAUGGCCGUUCAGCUUUGUAUAUUGCUGCAAGCAAGAGUCACGUCGCGAUAGUAGAGCUGCUCCUCGCGAAUGAGGCUAUCGAUGUCAACUUGCGCCGCGGUCAAGACGAAACGGCACUAUCGCACGCCGUGAAGGCAGGCAAGACAGAGAUUGUCAAACUGAUU